CCUGGCCACACAUGGGGGCUCUGAGCAGUGAAGGGUGGGUGACCCGCUCCUUCCAAGCUCCUUGGCGAGGCAGCUGCAGCUAGGGUCAGCCCUCGCCCACCGAGCCCUUGCUCCCUCAGGCCCGCUGGCCCUCCUGGGCACUGGGCACCGCAGGCUCUCUGAGCCUUGACUUCGUGAGGCAUCCUUCCAUCUGUGAGGCAGGAUGGAAGGGCUGUCCCAUGGCAGAGAGUGGCCCCUCUUGUUUAGUGGCUCUGCUCCAUGUCUGAAGUCCCCAGCAUCCCCUCCUUGGGUAGAAGGGGAAACUGAGGCUAGAGAGCAGAGUCAUGCUCCCAGGAUGGGAAGGGCUCAGCCACCAGCAGUCUCAGAAUCUCAGCUGUGGCAGUGGCUGCCGGGCGUGGUGGCGGGUCAUGAUUUUCUCAGUCCGGGUGCAUUACAGGUCUGUAACCCUGCUCCCCACAGCCACCUUCAAUGCAUAAUGCAUAGUGUGCCCUGCCACAUUCUAGUCUCACCAAAAACACAGGGAGGGGUGCAGCUGGGUCCGGGGUGGCCAUCAGAUGCUGGGACUGGGGGACAUGCAUGGCUGGCUGCUAGGACCCCAGGGCCUGAGCUCUGAUCCCUGCCCCUCCUGCUGUCCCAUGGACCCCAGGGUCCUGGGCCUUGGGCAAGGCAGGGACGCGGUGACUCCUUUCCCUGAGGUUCAGGGACCACGAGAGGCUCAAAGGCUGGACAGUGACAAGGCUGAUCCCGCUGCUUCUCAGAGCAGGGACCAGACUCAGGGAGCCGAGGAUGCCCAGGGCUUCCCAUGUUCCUGUCCCACUCCUUCCCAGAGCCACCCACAAGUGAGGUAGCAAUCUACAGGGCACAUUCAAUGGGGGUGGGGUGCCAAGGGCUGCUAGGCAGGGCCCCCCAACCCCAAGGCCUCAGGUGAUACAGUUUGAGCCCAGACAGCUGCUGUGUCCAGUGUCCCCCAGAACCCUCUCUUCAGAGUGAGCAGGAAGCCCUCUGCCUCUGUCUGCUGGAGGCCAGGUGGGGACAGUCAGGGUUUAGCUCUGGUGGUGGAAUAAUAGCAAGACCCUGCCUCUGGCUCUACCUAGAGCCCCAUGCUCCCCUGGACAACUCAGAUUGCAGCUCUGCCAGCCCCAUAUCCCCUGAGUCUGUUUCCCCGUCUGUGGGUGGGACAUCUGUAUAGUUGGCCUCUCCUGUCACAGAGCACAGAGAUCCCAAGCCCCUAUCUUCUGAGGUCCCCAGCCCUGGUUCUGCACCAUGAAGGACUGGGAUGGGCAGUAAGGGAUCCCACGAUGGUCCAGCCCAGCCUGCCCAGCUACCUGACACCCAGCCCUCAAAUAUUAAUGUGACACCUCUGGUGGGGGCGGCAUCUUCAACGGCCCUGGGCCACACUCCCCCGCGCUGCACUCAGUGCCUGUGUGAGGUCCUCCUGGCACAGGUUCCGGGGGAGUGAGUUGCGCACGGCCAGGAGGCCAGACUUGCGGGCUGCGUCCCCUUUCCGUGGCCAGGUGGCCAAGGGUGCUGGGCGGUGUGUGCUCACCUGUGCUCUGGUGCCCAUCCUGAUGACGCCCCCACCACCGCCCUUCCCGCCCCCACCACUGUCGGCUGCAAAGCUCACCCUACAGGACGGCGCAAGAGGGGGCCCCAGGCAUGGGAGCCCCACACCAGCAACACUGAGCCCAGCAUGGCCCGGCCAGCCCAUCCUGAGGGAGCCGACAGCCUGCACCAUGCUCCCGAGUGUCCCCACUGAGGGGGCAGAGGUGGCUCUGGAAGAUAUCCCCAACAGCCUGGCUGCACUGCAGCUGGAAGGAUUGUCCUCGGGGGACCUGGAUGGACUGGUGCCCACGCGAGACGAGCAGGGCCGACCUAUCCCCGAGUGGAAGCGGCAGGUGAUGGUACGACAGCUGCAGGCCCGCCUGGGCGAGGAGGACAGCGCCACGGAGGCCCAGGAUGGUGGCAGCAGGAGUGCAGGCCCUGCAGAGCCGGCGCCCUGGCGGUAUUCGCAGAUACACCAGGCCAUCCUGGGCCCUUUUGGGGAGCUGCUGACGGAGGACGACCUGGUUUACCUGGAGAAGCAGAUUGCGGACCUGCAGCUGCGGCGUCGCUGCCAGGAGUACGAGAGCCAGCUGGGCCGGCUGGCAGCCGAGCUGCAGGCCCUGCUGCCCGAGCCACUGGUCAGCAUCACUGUCAACAGCCACUUCCUGCCCCGGGCACCUGGGCUGGAUGACCAGAGUGGCCCAGCACAGGCAGCUGAGCCUGAGGAUUCUUCAGAGGCCGGCAUGGCUGAGCCAGGCGGGCACCCGCUGCCUUUCUGGUGUGUCCACAUUGGCCGUGUGGUGCGCAGCCUGUCGCUGCUGCUGAAGGGUGUGAAUGGGCUGGCGCAGGGGGAGGAGCCUGCAGCUGCACCGGCUCCAAAGGACACCGGCAGGGAGGUCCCGGUAGGCCUGGCCCGCAGCGAGGCCCAGCGGGAGAUCCAGGGCUGGGGUGUGUCUGUGCAGACACUGCGUGGCCACUUCGAGUCAGUCCCCAACGCCUGCCCGUCCUGCGUCCCCAGCCCAAGCCUCUGUGCCCGCCCCGCACAGUGCACCGGAGGCUGCUGGCCGGCAGAGCCGCACCCCAGAGGUGGGCCGGCCGGGGGUGAGCCCGGGCCAGGAGAUGCAGAGGAGGCCAGCGACUCAGGCAUCAGCUGUGAGGAGGCCGCAACAGAGGCAGGCGUGCUGCCCAGGCCGGACAUAGCCAACCUGCGCAAGGAGCGCAUCGUCACGCUCUUCCUCGGCCACUGGAAGCGCUCGGCCUACACACCUGCGCUCAGGACGGCUGCCUGCAGGACCCUGGAGGCCCGGCGCGCCCAGCAGCAGGGACCCAAGCCCCCCAGCAGCCCACACCCGCCCUCCCCGACACCUGGCCCCAGCUCACGGCUCGGCCAUCUGUGGCAGCAGCGCAGCGCCAUAGCCCACCUGCUAGGCACAUGGAAGGCCAUCCUGGCGCAUGUGCCUACCCGGCAGCUGCGGCGGCUGAGCCGGCGGCCCCACGGGCCCCUCUCUCCCGAGCAGUUCCUGCCCCACGUGGACGGAGCACCCGUGCCCUACUGCAGCCUCUCCCUGGACCUCUUCAUGCUGGGCUACUUCCAGCUGCUGGAGUGUGAGCUGCCGCCGGAGGAGCGCAGGGCUCGGCAUCUGUUGUGCUUCGAGGUCUUUGAGCACCUGGGUGCGCACGGCUGGGAGGUGGUACGCGCCUUCCACAAGGCCGUGACUGACGAGGUGGCCGCUGGCCGCCGCGCCUGGACUGAUGGCUUUGAGGACAUAAAAGCCCGUUUCUUCGGCUCCAGCCAGGCUCCUGCCUGGGACACGGAGCCUGGCCGAAAGUCUGGGGUGACCCCGCUCGGGCCCUUGCCACGCCCCACUGUCCCCAACGCUGUCCCUGAGCCAGCAGCACAGCGGCCAGGUCCUAGCACCCAGCGGGGCAGCUUCAACAGCGAGGACAUCUGCGGCUACAUUGACCGCAGCUUUGCCUUCUGGAAGGGGAAGGAGGCAGAAAUGUUCCACCUCGGGGCCUGAGCGCGGCUGCCUCUAGGACAGUGGGACAGGCUGAGUGGGUCCUCCUUGCCCCUUCCCGUCCAGCUGGCGCGGAGGACCCGGCCCAGUACACGUCUCUGAGCUGAACUGUUUGGGAGCCCUCGGCCCCUGCGGUCACGCAGUCCUGCUGGCACCUCCCGACAAAGCACCCUCCACCUAAGCAAUUGGGACCAGGGUGCCAGCCUGCUCCCUGCUUCCUUCCACGGAGCUCGAGGGCAGGGCGUCCAUGCCAGUUCUGCGUCUUGCCACUCUGCUCCCCAGAUCGAGAUGGGGAGGAGCUGGAGUGAUGGGGCAGCCAGAGGCCGCCAUGCCACUGCCCAGGUGCGGGGGAGGCCCACGCCUCCACACAUAGCCCUACUGGAUCCCCAAGCAAAGGCUCCCUAUGUGGACCCCUAAGCAGCAGAGCCUUAAUCUGGGAAGCCCCAGAGGGCAGCAUGUGGCCACGUCAUGUGGGUGCCUAGGUGUGCCCCAGGCCACCCUUCUCCAUGGCAGAAGCACAGGGAGGGGACGGUUUUCUCCUCAGGGCCCAGGGAGCACAGACUUGAAGGAGCCAGGGCCUUGGGAGAGGCCUGAAGGCCAUGAGGUCCAGGGGUCUUGGAACAGAGCUGUGUGAUGCCCCUGGGCCUGGGGAGGAGAUGGCUUCAUGACCCUCCACACCACCACCACUGCAGACGUCACUCAGCUCAGGGCCAAGCAGACAUACGGUCAGGCCACUGUGGGGAGCCUGCAGCCCUGGAGCCCGUGGCAGGGCCCUAAGGAGCAUGAAUGUGGAGUGGCAACUGGUGGUCAGCUCCAGCAGGGCUGGGCAGGAAAGGGGCACUGACCUCAUGGCCACCGCUGGCCACUUGCUAUCCCUGGGCCCCAUCACGCCCCCACGGAGACCCUCGUUUCAGCUGAGCCUGAACCUGCAUUUGCUCAAUAAAUCUCCCGUCCUUGGCCA